CAUGUUAACAAAUAGGCAUACGGGGGACAGAGUUGCGGAAGUUGUGCCAAUAUGUGGAACUUCGUGUGUGAUGUUCUUGAAAGGGAACCUGAAAUAAAACUAACUGGAUUCUUAGGCAUGCAGACAAAUUAUUACCAUAACCAACAACCAUAAUCUUAUGAGGUAGCUUAUCAUGUAACCGUAUAAUUUCUGAAAAACAACAAAAUAGGCUUUUUGCGUCUUAGUAGUGGCUAACGUUACACGUGCAAAGGAGCUUGUGUUGUGGCUAUCCAUUGAAACAUGUUAUUUGCCGGAUAUUUCAAGUAGCCGACCAGGAACGUAUUUAGCAUGAGUAUAUUCUCAGUGCUUAAUAUUUUAAUCUUGAAUGAAUCGUAGUGUGAGCAGUUAACGGUCAUAUAACCAGAUUCCCUUUCAAUCACUGCAUGCUACGAUUAGCCUACGCUUGUUAAAACGUUUUCAUUCAGAAGGUAAAUGAGAUAGUCGUGCCCCUGCCAAACGACGAUUCAGAGAAAAUCUCGGACUACAAUGUGAGAUGGACGGGGGCGGUGAGUCUGCUGCAAGCAGUGGCAUUGACGUGUCCAUCAUCCUGCCGAUGUACAAUGCCUCCUGCUGGCUGGACGACUGUCUGCAGUCUGUGCUGGAGCAGGACUUUCAGGGCUCCAUGGAACUGUCUGUGUUUGACGACGCCAGUACAGACAACUCACAAGCAGUGAUCGGAAGCUGGACAGAGAGGCUGCAGGAGCGAGGAAUCGCCAUGGUGAUCUCGGGACACAACUCGGACCAGCCCAAAGGGGCGGGUUACGCCAAGAACCGUGCCGUGAUACAGAGCCGGGGGAGGUUCCUGUGCUUUCAGGAUGCGGACGAUGUGAUGAUGCCACAGAGAGUGCGCUUGCAGUUCGAGGCCUCCCUGCGGAAUCCAGACUGCAUUGUUGGGUGCCGGGUUCGUAGGAUACCUGAGGGUUCUACAGAGCGCUAUACCCGUUGGAUCAACACCCUGAGUCAAGAACAGCUCCUAACACAGGUGUACACCUCCCAUGGUCCCACGGUCAUCAUGCCUACCUGGUUCUUCUCCCGCCGCUGGUUCCAUAAGGUGGGAAUCUUUGAUGAAGGUGGAAAGGGUGUCCCAGAGGACCUGCUCUUUUUCUACCAGAAUCUUCGUUUGGGAGGAGGAGUGGUUCGCCUGGAAGAGUGUCUCCUUGUGUACCGCUACCAUGAGCUAGCUGCCAGCCACUUCGUACUGGAGGAGACCAUGUGGAAUCUUCGAGUGGAGUUCCUGCAGGAAAGGGUCCUCAGCCAAUGGGAUUCCUUCACCAUAUGGAACGCUGGGAAACAGGGGCGGAAGCUGUACCGCAGCUUGAGCCCGGCCAAUCGGAAGAAGGUGAAGGCAUUUUGUGACGUGGAUGAAAACAAGAUCAAAAAAGGAUUCUACACCUACGAGGAGACUGAGGAGAGGCCGAAGCCCAGAGUUCCCAUACUGCACUUCAGAGAAGCAUCUCCUCCAUUUCUCGUUUGCGUGAAGCUGGAUAUGACAGGUGGAGGAUUGGAAGAAAACCUGCUCUCCCUCAAGCGGAAGGAGGGAUUAGACUACUACCAUUUCAACUGAAUUUGGAACCGGGGGGUUGAGGCUGUGAACAGAAGUGCAGAGAAAUAAACAUCUGGAGCAAGAUCUGGAAAGACAGGAAAAACUAGAAGCAUUUCUUCAAAACCGCAAAAAGAUAAAGAAAGAAAGAAAGGAGAUGGGUACCAGGAAACUGCCUGGAAAGAGGAGGAGGAAGAAGAGAGAGAAGAAGAGGAAGAGAAACUUGGUUUGUCUAUUUCUGCAGCCGUUCAGAAGGGACAGCCCAGGCCAUCAUCUCAAACCGCCACCCGCUCCAGUGUCCCCCUCACACAAACAGAUCUAUUUGAGGACAAACUGUUUUUUUUUUGUUUUUUUUAAGAGGAACUUCAACUACACUCCCAUGAAGUUGAGUUCAGGACGAAAAAAAAAUAGAAAAGACCGUUUUCCAUUCUGUUCCUUUUUCUCUGUGUAAAGUGAGAAGGGUCAAUGUCCACUUUGUUGAGAAGGUUUGUAUUUAUUUUAAUUUCAUGUUAAAAUAAAAAUAUAUAUAUAUA